CGUAAAAUUGUCCAUUAUUUGGUUUUGCGUAUUGUUGGUUGCCGGGGCAACCGGCAUUGUUUGUAAAAAAUGUUGCCAACCGUACAAAAAAUCAAAAUGGCGCAGUGGGGCACAACUUCAGAGUCGGGUAUUUUGCGCAAAAACAAGCCGAAAGAGAACCACGACGAUCUUUUAGUGUUCGGUUAUGCGUGUAAAUUGUUCCGCGAUGACGAAAAGGCCUCCUACAUCGAUAAAGGCCACCAUCUUAUCCCGUGGAUGGGAGACGACAGUCUCAAAAUUGAUAGAUAUGACUGUCGGGGCGCCCUGUCGGACAUAUCACCGUUUGAGGCGAGUCGGGAGGGUUUUGACGCCAUGCGGUGGUUGGGUUUGAGUGACUCUGAGAGGAAACUUGAGCAGUUGUGUGAUAAGGAACGGUACUAUUCGUUACAUAUCAAUGAAGAAGAGGAGCAAAUGUACAAGGAGGAGGAGCAGAAGAGACAGAAAGCGAAUGAGUUUCAGUACAGUUAUGACGUCCCGGCGAACCCGGCGCCAGAGAGCGCCCCCACGGUGGCAGAGCCCGAGGAGGAGGACGAGGAGUACGUCCCGUCACCGCAUUUGGACGUGCCAGUUGAUAUUGCAAUACCAAAAACCGUCAAAGAAAAUAUUCGGAUCGAGAAAACGGCGCUUUUCGUAUGUAAACAAGGGCCCCAAAUGGAAAUCCUAAUCAAGGCCAAACAAGCUGAUAAUCCACAAUUUGGUUUUCUGAACCAGGGACACAACUUGUACAAGUAUUACCGGCACGUGUUGGCGGCUAUCAAAAGUGGCCGGUAUCAAGUUACUUCAACCACAAAAAAAGAGGAAAAGCGUGAAGAGCCGCCUGAAGCAAGUUCGACCGAUGAUCACUACCUUCACCCAAGCUUAAUAUCGACGUCAAGCAGCCAACCGGAUGUACAAACUACAAUACCGACAAUACCGUACAAGCCUUCGGCCAAUUGUUCCUAUUCACAGUUGGUUAACAGGAUCCAGGGAAACAGCCAAUCGGAAGGCGCCAAGCCGCCGGAAAUGACCUACGACCAGCAGCAGUAUUAUCAGUAUUACUACGCAGCUCAGUACUAUGAGUAUUACAAGCAGCUGGCGCAGUACCAGCAAGGGAAUGGACAAGGUGCGAGCAUUCAACCGCCUGAGACGCACUUGGACCCCAGCGUUCAAACCUACAUCCAACAGAUGGCGUACGCUCAAUACAUGCACAACCAAUCAUCAAGCACCAAUCCCUACGCCCAGAUCGUCUCGAACGUUAGUAAAGAAAUGUCAAAUCCGUAUCCAACGGACGAAAAAGUGCCAAAAACAACAGAACCGGACGCCGAAAGCGUCGAAACGCCCAAAAGUACGCUCCUUCUACUAGCUCAGUAUGGUUCCGAUUCGGAACCGGAAGAAGACGACAGUUUUAAAACCCCAACCGGGGAAGUACAGAUCGUGAUUGACAAAAUGGCAACGUACGUGGCCAAAAACGGCGUCCAGUUUGAGGAAAUUGUCAAGGCUAAGGGGGAUCCCCGAUUUGAGUUUCUCAACGAAAGUCAUGAAUUUUAUAAGUAUUACAAGAAUAAGAUCAAGUUGAUUACGGAGGGCGAGGGCAGCGGGGACAAGGGGGCGGGGACGCCUCCCAAACCCAAGGAGAAAAAAGUUAUAGCACCCGUGAGUUUUUCAAUCAAAAAACCAAAAGACGACGUCCCGAAGGAAAUUAAAAGUGCGCUUCCGGUUGAAGAAAGUGACGAAGAAGAGAAGCUCACGACUGAAACAACUGAUUCAGUUACAAAAGAAGCAGAAUUGUCAAAUGAUACGUCGGAGUCUAGUCACAAAAACGGGGUUUUUGACGGGGAAGACCCUAUUCUUGAAAUGAUCGAUCUGACUGACGAUAUCGAGGAGCGAAAGGACGCAAAAAGAGCUGAGGACAAAAUCAAAGACAAGUUGGCGGCCGCCGCCCGCGAGAAAAUGGUUUCAGUGGCCCGUGACCGUGCUUUACAGCUCGAACGUAAGAAAAAAGCCGCCGCUUUCCUCAAACUAAAAUCGGCCGAAAGCGAAGAGAAAAAAUCACGAUCACCGAGCCGAGAACGCAAAAAGGAAGUCGUCCAAAUCGACGACUCGCCCGACGAAGACGACCGCCGGAAAAAAAGCCCCAAAAAGAAGAAAUCCCACAAACGCAAACACUCAAAGAGCAAACACGACUCGAAAAACAAGAAGAAGUCGAAAAAGAAGCGACGACGUUCGGACUCGUGCAGUUCGACAAAUUCAAAAUCGUCGUCGUGAUCCUGUAGUAGUACAAAUUGAUCAGAGAUGUAAAUAUAAUUUUUUAGUUUA